AUGGUAGGAAUCAGUGAAUUGUGUGAUGACUUGCUGCUUAAGAUAUUGUCGUUUCUUCCAACAAAAGUUGCAGUCUCCACAAGCAUUUUAUCGAAACAAUGGCAGUUUCUCUGGAUGUGGUUGCCUAAACUUGAGUACGGUGAGUAUGAUAUCACUGGUCCAUUGUCUUCAUGGUCGGGUACCUUGAGGUACGAGGAAUUUAUGGACAAGAAUCUGACAUCGCAUAGAGCUCCGGUCAUAGAAAGCUUGCUCCUCAGGUUUUGUCAUCGUAGAUUACCUCAACCUGAGAAAAUCAAACUAUGGAUAGGGAUUGCGCUUUCUCGCUGCGUGCGUGAGCUAAGUAUUGUCUCUAUUUAUUUCAAUGAUGUAUUAUCAUUGCCGAGUGGUUUGUACACAUGCAAUUCCCUCAUGACACUGAAACUUGAAGGCGAGAUCAUUCUUGUGGAUGUUCCUCGGAUUGUUUAUCUCCCUUCCUUGAAGAACUUGCAACUUCGACGUGUGACAUACUCAAACGAAGAUUCUCUUGGGCUGCUUAUAUCCUCUUGCCCUGUUCUUGAAAUUCUUUUCAUCUACCGAUAUGAUGUGGACGACAAUGUGAGAGCGAUAGUUGUUAACGUCCCGUCUUUGCAGAGGUUGGUCUUGGAGAUAGGUGGUAGUUGUUCUGAUGAUGGGUGUGUGAUAGAUACCCCUUCUUUGAAGUAUCUCAAAAUUGUGGAUUACAGACAUUAUGCCUCAUGUUUGAUUGAGCCUAUGCCAAAGCUGGAGGAGGCUGAUAUUGCAGUUGUAACCAAUAUCGAGAAGGUUCUCAAAUCUGUCAAAUCGGCCAGACGUCUUUCAUUACGCCCAAUGUUUUGUAGUAAAGAAGAGACUGUGGAUCGCGCUGGGAUUGUAUUCAGUCAGCUUGAACAUUUGAAGCUAUGUAUAUGCAGGGAAAAUUGGUCCAAGUUGCUUCUCUGGUUGCUCAGAAAUUCUCCUAAACUGCGAGUCCUCAAUCUAUUUGUUGAUACGUGGCCACGGUUUGAUGCGUAUGAACCUGUUGACUUGAAGAAUAAAGAGAGCCCUGUUCCUGAAUGUCUCUUGAGUAGUCUCGAAACUUUUGAGUUUGCAGGUUUCAGGGAGAGACAAGAGGAAACAGAUUUCUUGAGUUUCUUCUUCAAACACGCUUUUUGCCUGAAGUCUACAUCAGUCAUUCGUGCCUCACGUCGUUUUUAA